AUGGAGCCGUUCGAGAGCUGGGUGCAGGACACCUUCGCGCCUGUGGUGCUCACAUGCUCCACGUCAGAAGCUGAGCGCAUCGCUCAGAAGAACAACCUGUCGGUGGCCAACCUGCUCAAUGGCUUUGCGCGCCUGGACGACGCCGACACGCCGAUGCGUUCUGUAACGCAUCCGAUCCAGCUCGCACGCUUCAACUUCCGCUUCCUAGCCACCACUCAGUUCCGCACUAUGGGCGUCAAUGAAGCCACCGAGCAGCUCAAUGCCACUAUCAAACGUCACCCUCCGCAGCACAACGCAUCGGCUGCCUCCGCAGUGGAGCUGGAUAUCCCACGCGUCACCAACGUCGACGACGUCCCCACGUACCUACGCAUCGUCGGCGCUGAUGCCGACGCAGAAGGCGACAACGACCCCAUGCCCUGGUACGGGUCCUUCAAACACACCCUCAUGGAUACAUUCCGCUGCGAAGAGUACAGUCUUUUGUGUCACCCAGUAGCCAUGCUCGUGGUCGUGAGCUCCACAGACCCAAAUCCACGCCAUAGUUUCGAGGAACUGACUGCGCCUAGGUACCUCCCAGCGCCGUUCCAAAUGGGACUAUAUGAUGCUACAUUGGUACCCAAAUUCUACGUUGUAGUGCAUGAUAUGUUGGAGACCGAGGGCACGUCUAUUGACCCCGAUGCCAUCUUGAGGAGUAUGAACAUUUCUACAGUCAAUGGAGCCGUGCUAAGGAUCAAUUCGUUACCAGUACAAGACGCUCCGGUGCCGUCACAGUUCGCGACAGUGUGGACGGACAAUCCUUACGUCAGACCUCCACUAUUCCCACAUGAAUUGGAGACGUUCCCUCAAGUGACUGAGGGAGUGGGUGCAUUGUUAUCAAGAGACGAUGUGGCGCAGAUUAAGGCGUUUGUGCGAGAUUUUGGACUGCGGUUCAUGUUGUCGUCGCUUGAGGGACGUAUUUUCCAGUUGAAUGAGGUUGUUUCGGCGAUGAAAAAGGGAGUGAAGAACGUGUUCAAGUCGUGGCUGCGUAAACCGAAGGACUUGCGUCCGUCUAACGCUUCAUCAUCAGGUGGAGUGCUUUAUAAGUGCGAUUCUAUCGAGUCGCAGACGCGUCUUCUGGCCGAUACAGCGUUUCUUGUGCGAGAUUACGAGCUGGCGUUGCAAAUGUAUCGCUUAGUGCGUGACGACUUUAAGUCCGACAAGUCGGUCUUCCAUUGCGCCAAUGUGAACGAGAUGAUUGCGCUCUGUUUACUUCUUACAAAAGGAUCGCCUAUGCAGAUGACUAAUGCUCUGGAUGCUGCCAAUGCGAUCUAUGCCAAGACGCCGUCUCCAUUAACUCAACGUCUGGCUAUCCGUACUUCUGUGAUUGCUGGUGAGAUCUACCACGCAUUGAGCAAGUCUGGUCUGUUCACGGACUACAUGGACAACGCAUCUGCUGCUCUGAUUCGUGGGUCAACGAUGGAGCAGGGAAUUUGCGCUGCUGUGCUCAUGGAGCGUGCAGCUCUAUGUGAUCUCCGCGCGCGACUACCGAAAUUCCGCAAGUAUGGUUUCCGAAUGGUUAUGGCUGGUCAUGUGUACGACUCUCUGGGGCAUGAGCAGCACUCUGCGAGGUGCUACUCGUUGGCUCGUGCCAUCUACGACUGCAGCGGCUGGUUCCUGGUCGAAGAUCAUAUCAAUUUUAUGCUUGCGCAACAGGCGAACAAGUUGGACGACCGUAUGGCUUCUAUUAACCUGUUUCUCAAGCUUAUCGGUACAGGCCGUAACUCGGCUAGUCAGCAGGAAGCUAUGCUGUACGAUUUCGGUCUGAUGGUCAAGGAUUUCCUGGUGACAGAACGUGCUGACGCUUCGCCGUCGUCAUUUUCUCGAGGUGGGCCCGUCUUGAUAAAGGACGGAGACGGUAGCGCCAAGAAACUGCUCGUAAGGGACUUGUGCAUGCCUGAGUUGGAUGACAAGUCUACCGUUGUGUUUGCAGCGACUAAUGCGUUCGGGAUUGAUCGAUCUAUCGACGGUAACCACUCAGAAGCGGAGAUCUGGCAAGAACUUGGAGAAAUGGUUGACAAGCAGAACCGACUGUAUCAAUACGUUACAUCUGGGAGCAAUGAGGAAGCCAAGAGUUGGUUUGCGCCUUCGCAUCUGUACGCUGGGUAUCGCAGUAAAAAGAAUGCUGUGGUUCAGAAACCGGAGAACUACGUGUUGGGAGAGCAGAUUUAUGUCGAGUUUGUGAUGAAGAACGCCUUGUCUUGUGCUGUGGACGUUGAAGAGAUUCAUUUGUUUGGGAAAUUCGAGACCUCCGACGAGGUGUUUGAUGUCCCUGAGAGCAGAGAGACUGGCGAACAGCGUAUAGUGAUUGAUAGCGUGAAUCUGCAGCUCCUCCCGUGCAGUGAAGAACGAGUCCGGCUUGCAGUGUGCCCGAAGAUAUGUGGAAAGCUUAGCUUAACUGGCGUCCGCUGGUCGAUAUGUGGUGGCGAUGUCCAAGGCGAGCACGCGUUCGACAUCCCUGGACCGCUAUUGCAAGAUACUCGAGCAAACCGGGAAGCUCGAGCUCGAGCUCCGAACAUGAGUCUAAUCGCCAACGUUGUCGAAUCUAUGCCGUGGCUUGGAGUGAAAGUCGAUGGUGUUCCUGCUGAAUCCUUUGUGGGUGAGUUGAUGAAGCUGAAGGUUUCUCUCGUCAACUCUGGAACUGCACCAUUGGGUGGACUGCAAAUCUGUUGUACCGACUUACAGCUUUGUGCAUCUGGAACUGGUAACCUUGAAGAUCUAUGUGGUUACGUUGGCGUGAAUGGACAUGUUGUGGACUUGCGUGAGGUUAUUCUCGCCCCUGGAGAAAGAAGAGAAGUGACGAUAUGGGCACGAGGUGCAGUACCUGGCCGACGUCAUGCAGCCCUGUUAUUCAAGUACACGACUUCAUCUGGAACAGCCAAGGCCUCACUCUCGCGCACAGCGAAAAUUAAGCUGGACCUGGACUUGCUGCCGUGUAUCGAUGUGUCGUACUCCAUCGAGCCAAGUUUCGGUGCCAGUGGCGAGUAUACUCUUGGCAUCACUGUGUCAAACCAGCGAGGCGACCACCACAACAUGGCUAAUGGUCUGGACGGCAUGGUGCGACUGGAGGAGCUCUUGUGUGUCAGCAACACUUGGGCAGUAGAGAGAUUGGCACGAACGCCGUCGCAGAUUGCUACUAACGUGCGGGAUUCUCUGCAUCUAGGCUUCUUUGAAGCGAGCACAAGUUACUUCCGCGUAAUUCGACGCCGUGAUACUUCUGGUACUGAAUUAUGCAAGUUGGCACUCAACUCUGAACAGAACGGGGAAUUGUCAACGAGCCUCCCGAUCGAACAGUUCUUGUGCUUGGAAAACGCUGUAGAGCUCGUCCGUGCUGGUGGUGCUGGAUCUGGUGAUGCAAAUGACGGCAAACGUGGCGGCGGCUUUCGUACGAUUCAAAGUGUGCGACGAGAGAAUAAGGCGCUGAAAAGUGCGGCGGGUGAAAACGUUAUCGACCACAAGCCACAGCAAGAACCGCAGCCAACGUCGAAAGACGCACUAUUGUCUCACUUGGAUACCGACGGCCACCUUGUACUCGUAUGGUCGACCGAUUGCCACGCAUCUUACUCCGACCAAGUGUCGCCUCAUCGAGCAAUUGGCCAGGCAAAUCUCACAUCGGUGAAGAUCCGGCCGGUACCACAGGAAACGUCAUGUCCUCUGACGGUGACACUCAGCUACAAUGACUCUGUUGAGCUGCGGAGAUCCACAUACCCCGGGCCUACGUCAGGAUUGACAAUCGCGGAGUUGGAUAUCUCGAUGGAAGUCUGCAAUGACUCGGUGCCAACUUCAACACCUCUCGAUGUUACAGUCGAAAUGCUUCAUCCCGAAGAGACCCAAGCUUCACUUCCUGCUUCGUCUCCGUUGACAAAGUUACACUCUGUGUCUCAUUCCGGAGCGUCUCCACCCCAUGGUGCGCCGCCUCGUUUCUUCUGGACUGGUGUAACCAAGAAGAAGAUUGCUCGGUUCUCGCCUAACAGUCGGGUUACAAUUAAUCUCAAGGCAUGCUUUAUGGCGUCUGGUAUCUACAAUUUGAACCGCUUCCGGUUCGUGGUGCAUGCUGCCACACCCGGACAACCAGCUAGUGUGUUCAUGCUCCCUGCAGAAUACCUCGUGUAUGUGAAGGACUCGGAAGCCUCUGGACCAUCGUUACAGUCAGAAACCAAGCAGGCGAUUGACCAGUUGCUUGUGCCGGUGCCAUGAAGAAUGUUGCUGCCAGGAGUGGGCUACGAUGUAAACGGUUAAUGUCGCUCAUACUGCCAUUAGUCGCUUGUACUUUUGCUCGAUGAGGCGGAUUUCUUCGUCCUCUGAAUCGGACAUGGAGCACUCCGGAGUCUCAGUCGAAAACUUGAUGCGUGGCACGCAAAAGCUGUGGAAAUCAAGAGGUGGCGACGUGAAGCAGCCACCGUGAUGAUCGACAAAGCCCCCUACUUUCCGAAGGUAGGCGUCAGGUGGCAGCAGCCGUUCAAUUGCCGACAGGCCAUCGCUGCUUCGAUCAUCAACCUCGUCACUGUCAGCUGCUCUACCUGUCCCCCUGCUGACUUCAGUUGGUGUAGAGCUUAAUUCUCCAACAGAUACGUUGUGUGCAUUGGGACUCUUCUCCACCGCUUCAGUCUCUUGGUCGAUGGUGGACUCUGCUGCAACACCUGUCAAAGCUUCAGCGGCUGGCUGUUGCGCUGUCUUCUGGCUGCCCUUUGAUACUUGUGAUAGCUGGGAUACGCUUAAAUCGUCGACUUCGGGAUCAACUUCUUCGACAUUAGCAUUCUCUGUCCCGUGAAGUUGCGAAGCGCCGAGUUUCUUCCUCCGUUUGCCCACAAGUGACGACGAUAGCGAUGAUAAAUCAGCUGCAGAGCCACUGCUGAUCGAUGACAAUCCCAGCGAGCUUAACGAGACAUCGUUGUCUUCUUCAUCUCCUUCACUGCCCACGUUAUCUUGUUGCGUGUGAAUAAAAGCCUCGUCAGAAAGCGGGCCAUCAUCAUUAUGCCGUGGUCCUGAGACCGUUGAAGAUUGAGAACUCACAUGCUCAUUCCCGUGUCUGCUAAACGUACCGGAAACGUUGGAGACAUCGGCCACUGCUCCAAUACUCGAACUGCUAGCGUCCGAGUCGUACCCUUCGUCAUUUGGAGACAUAUAUACUUGCUUUUUGUUGCUGUCACUUCUUGCAGCGUGUAGGAGACGACGUAGCUGCGCGAUCUGUUCUUGCAUUUCGUGAAGCUGCCUCUGCUGGUUUUCAAGGAUCUGUUGAUGCUGAAUUGUCAACAGCUGCUGUGUUUUACAGCAACUUCGGGAGCUACUGGUGUUACCAGUCCAGUCGUGCUGAGCAGGUCCCGUAGUUUCUUUUUUUUCCGUCUCAUUCGGAGCCGGCUGCGAAGUCUCUUUUUCACCUGCAUCACGUUGGUCUCGACCACUG